AUGUCUGAUCGCGAUUCUAGACUUAGAGCCAUCGAGUCAGCUGUCGGGAUUAUACCGAACUUUCCAGUGAAAGGCAUUCUCUUCCGUGACUUCUUUGGCGUUUUCAUGAAUCCUGUUUUAACCCAAUAUCUAUUGGAUGAAUUAUAUUAUGUGGCGACAUCCGAGGUAGCGCGUAAAUGUAAAAAGAUAGAUGUUGUUGUGGGCCUCGAGUCACGCGGCUUUCUUCUUGGACCAGCACUUGCCCUUCGUCUGAACUGUUCCUUCGUCCCUAUUCGAAAAGCGGGAAAACUUCCAGGUCCUUGCUUCUCUCAUCGAUAUACAUUGGAAUAUGGAACUGAUACCGUAGAAAUGCAAAAGGAUGCUAUCAAUUCUGGUGAUAAUGUAUUAUUAUUGGACGAUGUUUUAGCUACUGGUGGAAGUCUUGAAGCUUGUGUUAAUUUGGUAAACCUAUCUGGAGCUAAGGUUUUAUUCAGCUUGUUGUACAUGGAACUGAAAAAUCUGCCUGGACGUAAAAAACUAGAAGAUCUCGGCGUUCCUGUUUAUUCACUUUUCCAAGUUUGAACAUGCUGUCUUGUGUGGAAAUGCCUUAUUCUCUCAUACUUCGUUCCCUUUUUAUUACUUGACAUCAGUUAUUUUUCCUGCAUAUCUGAGAUACCGAAAUGCUUUUUAUAUAUUGAAUCAUAACGUGUUAUUGUUGGUUGUGGAAUGUAUCUCUUAAGCGAUUGAGUUCACUUCUGUAUGUGGAUGCUUAUCUUAACUAACUUCCCC